CUUCCUGAGGAGCCAGAGGUGAAGCCAGAGACUGCCCCCGUAGAAGAUUUCGAAAGGACCCCGAGCGGCCGCAUCCGCCGGACGUCGGCCCAAGUUGCCGUGUUCCACCUUCAGGAGAUCGCGGAGGACGAGCUUGCCAAGGACUGGACGAAGCGGAGGAUGAAAGAUGACCUGGUGCCUGAAACAAAGCGGCUCAAUUACACCCGACCGGGGCUUCCAAAGCUCAAUCCGAGGCUGCUGGAAAACUGGAAGAACGAAGUGAAGGAGAAGGGUCGCAUCAACUGUCCCAACAACUGCUGUGAAGCCAUUUACUCCAGCGUCUCGGGGUUGAAAGCUCACUUGGCCAACUGCAACAAGGGGGACCACUCGGUGGGCAAGUACCGCUGCCUCCUGUGCCAGAAGGAGUUCAGCUCCGAGAGCGGAGUCAAGUACCACAUCAUCAAGGCUCACUCGGAGGUAAGGAAGCAGCCGGGGCUGAGGCGGGCUGAAGCCAGCCGGAAAAAAAAAAACAGGGAACAGCUUUCUUCUUCUAGCAAAGAGGAGAAAAAGAAAAGCACAAGCGGGAAGAAAAGGGGAAGGAAACCCAAGGAGAGGCCUCCAGAAAUGGCCCCGAAGGGCAGAGAGAGCGUGACAACAAAGACUAAUCACAAGAAAACCCUCGAGCACUGGGAAAGCUCCCGAGGCAGCCCCGAUGGGGACGAGCAU